GUAAAGUGACGGAAGUGCGUAGAAGAGAAGUGGACAUGUGCAUUAUGAGCUGCGUGUGUUAGUGUCCAGAAUAUAUAUUUUACUUUAUAUGUAUGUUUACUGUAUGAUCGCGUGUCAUCAAAGCGUGGUCUGGCAAAUAGUUUUCUUUUGUCACGUUUGCAUCUGUAAAUCUGCGUUCAGAUUAACGUAAGCAGUUUGGAUUCUGAGUUGAAUUUUCAGGCUACAAGGGAAACAUGGCGAAAAAUAAACAGAGAGGCAAGAAACUGCAGAAUGUCUUUCAGGUUGCGAACAGACACGUGAAGCCUAAGACCAAAACAAAACCUGUGAAGACCUCCUUAAAAUACAUAAAAACGUUAAAAAAUGAGAAAGUGGAGGACUUGAAUCAGAUCUUUACAGAGGUACAGAGGGAUGUGGUUAGUAUAUCAAAAUCCACAUGCAGUGAACCAAAGAAAGAGCAGAAGGUGGUCAGAGAAGCCCCACGGGAACCUGCAAAUGUGGAUAGUGCCGCACAGCUUCUCUCUCAACUUUAAAUCUCAAAAGUUUUCAUUUUAGAGGAUAAAAUGGACUCUAGACUCUUCCUCAUGUGCCCUGUAUGCUGAGAAAUGUGUUUUCAUAAUUGAGACUAUUUCUGCAUAACCAAGCCUAAUGUUCCAAUAAUACAUUAGCAACUUUCCCUAAUAGAGUAAAUAUUUUGUUGUGAAUGUUGUGUUUGUUGAAGCAUAAAAACACCUAUUAAAUGAAAUCUAGUAUGUGCUUCAUGACCAAACUGAAGAAAAACUGCAUGUACAGACUGCUCAAGAUCGCUAGAGGGCGCACAUUUAUUUAUUGAUACCAAAGCUGUACUUGUUCAGCUCUGUGUUAUUGAUACUUGAAUGGUGUAUGGGUAAUUUGGUGUUCAUAUCUAGUUGACAUGUUAUGAAGUAUGAAGACCCAUGUCACACAUAUAAUAAAAAAUAUGAUAAAAUCA